CAACCCGGAGCCCCUUUGCGGAUCCCUCCCCGCUCUCUGCGGAGCUGACGCCUGUAGCCGUUGUGAACAGGGCUCAGCGUCCCUGCCCAGGGGGAACGUGAGAGCUGAGACAGGGCCCGGGGCUUCCACGCACCUUGUUCAGGGCAAAGCAGCAGGGGCAGACUGAUCGGUGCAGUGACAGUCAAUCACCCCCCUGGCAACUUGGAGGAAAUGAUUGUUGCAAAACCAGGGAAAACACCAAUUGAGUUGUUACAUGAAUAUGGCACGAAGUGUGGUAUCACUCCUGAGUACGAGUUUGAAAAGGCUGAAGGACAAGUACAUCUUCCAAGUUUCACCUUUAAAGUUACAGUAGGUGACAUAACGGGCACAGGUGAAGGUCAUAGCAAGAAGAUUGCAAAACACAGAGCCGCAGAAGCUGCCUUGAACAUUUUGAAAGGAAAUCCAAGUAUUGGUCUUUCAGAGCCAGACUCCAUAGUUCCAGAUUCGCCAAAACAACCACAAAAUCAAACCAAUCCUAUAGUGACAGAAGGCAGCAUAGACAGCCCAGAGCAAGUAGUUCAGGAACUGGCUGUUAAGAAAGGUUGGAGACUUCCUGAAUAUUCACUUGCACAGGAGUUGGGGCCUCCUCACAAGCGGGAGUUUGCCAUGACUUGCAGAAUAGAAACAUUUAUAGAAACUGGGACUGGGACAUCUAAGAAACUAGCAAAACGAAAUGCUGCUGAAAAAUUACUUGCCAAAUUCCACAGUUUCCCUCCAGAUAGCAUCAAUAUUUCCUUAGGAAAUGAAGUUGGAAGUAAUUUAGGCUGUACCUGGGAUGCCUUACGGAACUCAUCAGAAGAAAAAAUUAUGUUGCUGAAGAGAAGUCCCCUGAGUAUUCCUAAUACAGACUACGUCCAACUGCUUGAAGAACUUGCUGAAGAACAAGGUUUUGUUGUAACAUAUUUGAAUAUAGAGGAGCUGAGUGUGAAUGGACAAUACCAAUGUCUUGCUGAACUCUCGACCAACCCAGUCACAGUUUGCCACGGUACUGGGAUUUCUUGGGGCAACGCUCACAAUGUUGCUGCUCACAGUGCAUUACAGUAUUUAAAGAUUAUGGCUGGAAGAAAAUGAAAUUAACUUUUUUUCUAUUUCAGAUAAAAAUAAGAUAUUUCAAAAGUUGGAUGUUUUCCCAUAUAUGUAGCUCAGAUUUAUUUUGGGCUAUUUUUAAAUCACCCCACAAACCCCAUUUUAGUUAUGCAUUGCUUUGAAAUGGGUCAGUUACCAUAAGGUUUUCAUUUUGGAUUAGUUUACUGUAUUUAGUUCAGUAUUGUAAAGCAAUGACGAAAUUCAGUUGCAGCUCACUGAAGCAUAAAUUCUCCCGUAAGGAAAAAAGGGAGAACAAUUUUAUACCAGAAUUAGAGAACACAGACAUUAAAGAUGGUAGCCAUAUCCUGCAAUGUGCUGAAUAUCCAAACACAUUAUAGUUUUCAGUGGGACUUAGGGAUUAUCUGUUCCUUUUAGGGACAGCCCUUUGAAGAGCAUAUUCAGUUGCUGUUUAUAUCCCAGUGAAAAUAUUUUUGAUUACAUGUUUUAAAAGAUUGGCAUGGUGUUUGAUAAGUGUUCCAUUUUAUUUUUACUUCAUUGUGUGAUCUUUUUAAAUCCAUUUUCUGAGAAUGAAAUCUGAAAACAUCAUAAUGGCUACAGAAACAUCACUGCACUCUUUUAAUAAAGAUAUCUAUAACUGUCA